AUGGGACACAGACACAGCAAGUCCAAAUCCUCCGAUCCACCACCGUCUUCCUCCUCUUCCUCCGGCAACAUUGUCCACCAUGUCGGAGAACACCGUGGAUCCUCCGGUACCGGAACCGUCAAAUCCUCGGAUUCAGGGAUCGUCAAAUCAUCCUCAGGAUCCUCCACAUCUACUCAACAGAUUGGUCGGAUCUUAGGCCGUCCGAUGGAGAAUGUCCGAGCAGCCUACGAGUUCGGUCGUGAGCUAGGUCGUGGCCAGUUUGGAGUGACCUACCUCGUUACUCACAAAGAGACCAAACAACCUUUCGCCUGCAAGUCAAUCCCCACGCGCCGCCUUGUCCACCGUGACGACAUUGAAGAUGUUCGCCGUGAAGUCCAGAUUAUGCAUCAUCUCAGUGGUCAUCGGAACAUAGUGGACUUGAAGGGAGCUUAUGAGGACAGACACUCGGUGAAUCUGGUGAUGGAGUUGUGUGAGGGAGGGGAACUGUUCGAUAGGAUCAUAGCGAAAGGUCAUUACUCUGAGAGAGCUGCUGCGGAUUUGUGUAGGCAGAUGGUGAUGGUUGUGCAUAGUUGUCAUUCUAUGGGUGUAAUGCACCGAGACUUGAAGCCUGAAAACUUUCUCUUUCUGAGCAAAGAUGAGAACUCCCCAUUGAAAGCUACAGACUUUGGCCUCUCAGUCUUCUUCAAGUCAGGAGAUAUGUUUAAGGAUCUUGUUGGAAGUGCAUACUAUGUUGCUCCAGAAGUUCUACGCCGGAACUAUGGACCAGAGGCUGAUAUCUGGAGUGCUGGUGUGAUUCUGUUCAUCCUUCUCAGUGGUGUCCCGCCUUUUUGGGGAGAAAAUGAAGCGGGGAUCUUUGACGCCAUUCUUCAAGGAAAGCUUGAUUUUUCAGCUGACCCGUGGCCAGCAGUAUCACCUGUUGCCAAAGAUCUUGUGAAGAAAAUGUUGAAAUAUGAGGCCAAAGACCGACUUACAGCUGCUGAAGUGCUAAAUCAUCCAUGGAUUAGAGAAGAUGGGGAGGCAUCAGACAAACCGCUUGACAUUGCAGUGUUAUCCAGGAUGAAACAAUUCCGAGCGAUGAACAAACUCAAAAAGAUGGCCCUGAAGGUUAUCGCAGAGAACCUUUCUGAAGAAGAGAUCAUUGGUCUGAAAGAGAUGUUCAAAUCUCUAGACACUGAUAACAAUGGAAUAGUCACAUUGGAAGAAAUGAGAACCGGUCUCCCAAAACUUGGUUCUAAGAUUUCUGAGGCUGAAAUCAGACAGUUGAUGGAAGCCGCUGAUAUGGAUGGAGAUGGAUCAAUUGAUUACUUGGAGUUUAUAUCAGCUACAAUGCAUAUGAACAGAAUCGAACGUGAGGAUCACUUGUACACUGCUUUCCAGUAUUUCGACAAGGACAACAGCGGCUACAUAACAAUGGAAGAACUAGAGCAAGCCAUGAAGAAAUACAACAUGGGUGAUGAUAAAUCCAUCAAAGAGAUCAUUGCUGAAGUAGACACCGAUCGUGACGGAAAAAUCAACUACGAAGAAUUUGUAGCGAUGAUGAAGAAGGGAAAUCCAGAAUUGGCUGAUAGGAGAAACAGGUGUAACCAGGUCCUCCUUUUAGCAUAUCAGAGUUUUGGAUUAGUGUUUGGAGACUUGAGUAUUUCUCCUCUUUACGUGUAUAAAUGUACAUUCUACGGAGGAUUGAGACAUCACCAAACAGAAGAUACCAUAUUUGGCGCCUUUUCUUUGAUAUUUUGGACCAUAACACUCCUUUCACUCAUCAAGUACAUGGUUUUUGUAUUAAGUGCAGAUGACAAUGGUGAAGGAGGGAUCUUUGCUUUGUAUGCUUUGCUCUGUAGACACGCAAGAUUUUCUUUGCUUCCAAAUCAGCAAGCGGCCGAUGAGGAAAUCUCUACGUACUAUGGUCCUGGAGACGCAAGUAGAAAUUUGCCUAGCUCUGCUUUCAAAAGCCUUAUAGAACGAAAUAAAAGAUCAAAAACAGCUUUGCUUGUCUUAGUCUUGGUAGGAACUUCCAUGGUAAUUACCAUCGGUGUCCUUACACCAGCAAUUUCAGUCUCUUCAUCUAUCGACGGUCUUGCAGCCAAAACAGGACUAAAGCACAGUACUGUGGUCAUGAUAGCAUGUGCUUUGCUGGUUGGACUUUUCGUUCUGCAGCACCGUGGAACAAAUAAAGUUGCCUUUUUAUUUGCACCUAUAAUGAUUUUGUGGUUGUUGUCAAUUGCAACUGUUGGUCUGUACAAUAUUGUGACUUGGAACCCCAGAGUAUACAAAGCUUUAUCUCCCUACUAUAUCUACAUAUUCUUUAGAGACACGGGAAAAGAUGGAUGGUUAUCCCUUGGAGGCAUUCUUUUAUGCAUCACAGGAACGGAAGCUAUCUUUGCUGAACUUGGACAAUUUACAGCUACAUCUAUAAGGUUUGCGUUCUGUUGUGUUGUUUACCCGUGUCUGGUGCUUCAAUACAUGGGUCAAGCUGCGUUUUUAUCAAAGAAUUUUUCUGCUCUACCAACAAGCUUCUAUGCCUCCAUUCCAGAUCCAUUUUUCUGGCCGAUUCUCAUGAUGGCUAUGCUGGCUGCAAUGGUUGCAAGCCAGGCCGUCAUAUUUGCCACGUUCUCGAUUGUCAAACAAUGCUACGCAUUGGGAUGCUUCCCGCGCGUGAAGAUUGUUCACAAACCAAGAUGGGUCCUUGGCCAAAUUUACAUCCCGGAGAUCAAUUGGGUUGUCAUGAUCCUCACCCUCGCUGUCACCAUUGGUUUCCAAGACACUCGUCACAUAGCUUUCGCUUUCGGGCUCGCCUGCAUGACUCUAGCCUUUGUGACAACUUGGUUGAUGCCUCUUAUCAUCAACUUUGUUUGGAACCGUCAUAUCGUCUUCUCCGUCCUCUUCAUCCUCUUCUUUGGGACCAUAGAACUCGUCUUUGUUGCAUCAUCCUUAGUCAAAAUCCCUAAAGGAGGCUGGAUCACCCUCGUCCUUUCCCUCUUCUUCACCUUCAUCACAUACGUAUGGCACUAUGGCAGCAGAAAGAAGUACCUAUGCGACCAGCAUAACAAGGUCCCUAUGAAAUCAAUCCUAAACCUCGGCCCGAGCCUCGGAAUUAUCAAAGUCCCUGGGAUGGGUCUAAUCUAUACUGAGCUCGCCAGUGGUGUUCCUGCCACCUUCACUCACUUUAUAACAAACUUACCAGCGUUCUACCAAGUUGUUGUCUUUGUCUGCUGCAAAACUGUACCUAUACCGUAUGUACCGCAGAAAGAACGGUACCUUAUUGGCCGGAUUGGACCAAAAACAUACAGGAUGUACCGAUGCAUUAUCCGAGCUGGCUACAAAGAUGUGAACAAAGACGGAGACGACUUUGAAGAUGAGCUUGUGAUGAGCAUUGCUGAGUUUAUCCAGCUAGAAUCCGAAGGUUAUGGCGGGUCAAACAAUGACCGCUCCAUCGACGGUCGGCUCGCUGUUGUGAAAACUUCAAACAAGUUUGGGACAAGGCUGUCUCGGUCUAUAUCCGAGGCCAAUAUCGCAGGCAGCUCGAGAUCACAGACAACAGUAACAAACAGCAAAUCGCCGGCUCUGCUUAAACUGAGAGCAGAGUAUGAGCAAGAGCUUCCCAGGCUAAGCAUCAGAAGGAUGUUCCAGUUCAGACCAAUGGACACUAAGUUCAGGCAACCGCAGGUGAAGGAGGAGCUCUUUGAUCUGGUGAACGCUAAGGAUGCGGAAGUGGCUUACAUAGUCGGGCACGGUCACGUGAAGGCGAAGCGGAACUCGGUGUUUGUGAAACGGCUGGUGAUCAACGUGGCUUACUCGUUCUUGAGGAAGAAUUGCCGGAGCCCAGGCGUGAUGUUGAAUAUUCCUCACAUUUGUUUGAUUAAGGUGGGCAUGAACUAUUACUUGUAA